CUCUUUCUAGUCAGAUAGAUUGAUAUCGUUACUCUUGAAUUGUUGUCAAUUAGGCUUGUGCUACCGCACAUUCCCAUUCUAGCUGAAGCUGUCUCAUGAUUAGAUGGUGUGAUUAUAUGGUGUGUUGAGAUGUGUGUUUAGAUAUUAUAUUAUGCAGGAGUGGUAGAGUACUGGGUGUGUUGAAACUUGGCUUUGAGCCAUUAAAUGAGGAGGUCAGUUGUAAAUAGCUGGGGUUUUGUUUAUGAUAUGUAUUUUUUGAAUUUUUUUCACUUCAUAUCCUAUAAUAGGCUGUUCAUAAGUGGUGAUUGUUUAUUGCUUGUUAUUGUGUAGAUUGCAACCGACUGAAAUUCUGUUUAUAAUAUUGGCAUGCAGGGAAAUAUGGUUGGUGAAAUGAAGUUGAUGAUUGCGGAGGAACAAAAAUUCCAAGGGAAAGCAUUGUCGUUAUCCCAUACGAAGACGGCAAUCACUACGAUAAAGGAGAAAUUCACUGAACAGCAGCUGCAACUGUUUGAACAGAGUUGUUUUGGUCAUCUCCUAGGGAUUGAGGACCUCAAGUGGACUUCUCCGAUUGUCCACGGGUUGCUGCUCAGGAAAGCUGAUCCCAAGACAGUUUCCCAACUGAACGGGAUCAAAUUCAUUGUUGGCAAGAAGGUCAUCCAAUUCACGGCGCAGCAAUUUUGCAUCGUGACAGGGCUAAGGUUUGGAAACCUUCCCUUGAUUCCGAUUCCCACGAAUGAGAACUGCUCAUUGAAACGGAAGUACUUUGCCAACGAUAAAGCUGUGAACCUGUUGGAAUUAGAAAAGGCCUUCCUCGAAUGCGAUGAUGUGGACGAUGUAUUCAAGCUUGGAUUCGUAUACUUUGCUGUCUUUGUGCUGUUGGGCAGCGAAAAACAUGUCCACAUUGACAUGCGAUAUUUGAAGUUGGCGGAAGACCUUGAAGACUUUGGGAAGUAUCCAUGGGGUGCUGUGUCUUAUGCGAAGACAAAUGCGUCACUGCUGAGGGCACUUUGUGCAGAUUACCAGCGAGUGAAAGUGCCCACAAAAACUGCCAAAACAAAAAAAUCUGGAAAGAAACCAACAACAACGGCAACCGGUAGACCAAGAGAGUACCACCUCAAAGGUUUUCCGUAUGCACUUCAGAUUUGGGCGUAUGAGGUGUUUCCAGCGUUGGCUGCACUACAUUUGGUGGUGCACGAAGAAAAUGCGCACAUCCCUCGUUUACUACAUUGGAGGAGCAAUAGUUCGCCGCGUUUUUAUGAGCUAAUGAGCCAAGUAUUCGAGAACCGUGAGGUUGAUGUGCAGCUUCUUCGGCCAUCUGUGAUGGACAAGCAGCAGCCGUAUUGGACUUGGGGUGACAGUGCUGACGACAGUGAAGAACUUGUUGACUUGUUGGGCGAUGACGCUGAACAACAAACCGGCACUUCUGCCUCUGUAGAAGAAAAAGAGAAGGACAUUGACGAUACUGCAAACCUUCCGUCGUCUUCUAAGGGUACAGUCGCGUCCAGAGAGUUACGCACUUUGAAGCGUGACUUUCAAAGGACAAAGGAUGAAUUGGCCAAAGUUUCCCUAUCAAAUCGAGCACUUUGCGACAGAGUGCAUCAGUUGGAAGACAAGGUACGGAAGGAGUCAAUGAAAGCUGAAAAAGAGUUCGAAAAAAAUACAAAGUGUGUGGAGGAUUUCCGCAACACCCUGUCUUCAAUGGAGCAUUAUUUUAAGUUGGAGAUAGAGCAGCUGAAAAAACAAAAUGGUGGGGUGAAUGAAGCUGCGGAAGGACAUGAGGACCUCGGUAGUCCUCAUAUGAAUGAAGGAGGCAACAAUGACUUGUCGCCAUUACAUGCCUAUGUAAGUCCGCCGACAGAACCGGCAGUAAUGGAAACACAAGUCCCCGGUGAUGGAGCCGAACCUUCCGCAGGCAUGGUAGUUGAAGAGGCAAAAAUGGCCGCUUCAGUUCCUCACUCAGAAGUGCAUGAAGUAGCUGACCCGGCAGAAUCCGAUGAGCUGCCUACCCCGGAAGAUGUUGCUGGGUGUGACGAAAUCUGCCAAAGAGUCAUGAAGCUGUUAGAAGAUUGGAAAAUCACUAAGAGUAUGCCAUCGGGAGGUUUGAUGAAUCCUCCAAGUCUACCCACAGUUACUAUGGCUGGUGAUGAAGAAGGUAGUUCAAGUGUUGAAAACAAAGAAGUGGAAGGUAAAGGGUGCAGACAGAAGCGCCCGGCGCAGACAUUGUUGAGCCCAUUUACAGAUCCUUUGAGGAAGAAGAGGACGAUGACUGUGUCAGCUGCGACUGCAACCCCGCCAUGUUUUGAUCCAUCCAAAUCCUUGCCCAUUGAAGAUGUGAAGGCAGUAAUACAGUUUUGCAGUGCCUGGAAAAGCGAUAUCAGUGCGGAGGUGCAGCUGGAAUCAUUUUCAGUGGGCGCUGAUUUUUUCUACAGACUUGUCGAUGAAACCGAAUGGAUGAGCUCAAGGCACCUGGACAUGGCAACCUUUCUUAUCCGCAAAAGGCAACUAUCUCAUCCGUUGGUUUUUGGAACGGACUGGACAACGGCAGAUUGUUGCUUGCAGCAAUUUCUAGAGCCGUUCAAACCGACGGCCAGGAAACGUGGAUCGAAGAAGGCUGCUAGUUCAAACACCGUUGACCUUCCAGCCAGCAAGGUGAAGAAUUUACAUCACUUUGUGCGUGGUACGUGGCAACACGGCUAUGCCCAAGCUUGGACAAAAGUCCGGAAGGUGUAUUUUCCAUAUAAUCUGAAAGAGUCUCAUUGGGUUGCAAUCGAACUUGAUUUCGUAAGACAUACUGCAACCGUGUAUGACUCCUAUAUUGAUUAUACGAAACGUUCAAAGCUGGUUACGCUUCUGCACCCUAUUAGCGAUACGCUGGCACGAGUGCUGUUCGAUAUGCACUUUUAUGAUGCUUCUGAGGUUGAAGAGGUGAAGCAAAAGGGGCUGACGAUGUCGAUGUAUACGCCAUUCUCAGUGUGCAGCAUUGCAGAUGUGCCACAACAACGAGAUGGUGCGUCUUGCGGAAUCUUGACCGUCAAAAUCAUCGAGCAUCUCAGUGCUGGGAUGUCGGUAGAUAAAGUUGACCCUUUGAAGAUCAAAUAUUACCGACUCAAGCUUGCAAUUGAGGGUUUAAGGGGGGAGGCAUAUUUAUGAGGUCGGUCUCAACCAAGGGUUGAUUGCAAUAUUCCAACCAAGAUGACCAUACACUGUUAUUUGAUGUAGGUUUUUUGUAUGACAUGGCUUUGCUUUAAUUGGUUUGGUUGUUCCAAGUUUUAUGUUCUGGUUUAUCUCACAGUAACUGCCGAGUCGUUUUUCAUUUCAUGUAUUUGUCCGUGGUAUUUUGUUCCCCAAUAUUCAGAUUAUGGUCAAUAUGUAAACCUUG